AUGGGCAACGACGGUGGCUCAAUUCCUACGCGUCGCGAACUCGUCAAGGAAGCUGCCCGUGCGCCGACAGUAAGCGAACUCAAGGCCACCGCUCUUGAGAACCUCAGCCAUGCCUGGACCCAUGACCCUCUGACGCUGGAGCCUCUUGACAUGGAAAAUGUCGUGUCAGAUUGGAGAGGCCGGCUUUAUAACUAUGAGUCGAUCCUCAAGGGAUUAGUACCUGGUGGUGAUGACAAAGAUGAUACAGCCGCGCCCUCGAACGACAUCAUUCCUAUCCUGCCGACUGAGAAGUCAGACCUUGAUUUCUUAUCCUCCCGAAUCGAGCAGCUCCGAGCGCGUGGCCUGACCCACAGCUUGAAGAAAGACAAAAGCUCAAGCAAAAAGAAGAGAAAGGCAGAGGAGACAGAUGGGAACGGGGAGGUCAAAACAGCAAAGAUGAGGGAGCCACGCCAAGAACAGGAAAUGGCGAGCAAACCUCCUUCGCAAUCCGACAUCACCAGUCGUAUCAACAACGCCGCUACCGCGUCUCUUACGGCUAAAGUUCUAGCUGAACAAGAAGAACGCAAUAAACGGCGUAAGCUAGCAGCAACAGCGAAAUGA